CAGAGCUCGUCGGCGGUGUGUCCCCGAGGAGAGACGGAAGUGACGGAGGCUCGAGUAAUCGGUCGCGACCACCUAUGGCGGCCGCGAGCUUUCCACCGAGUUUCACGAACGUCGGCGUCAUAGAGAACUGGAUGCAGGUACGAAAUCUGGUUGUCGGGCCUGGUGAAGUGACUGUGGACCACCAGGUGCGGGCGCGAACGGUGGACCAACGGUGACCAAGACACGGUGUAUUGUCUAUUGAAAGGAAAGAAGUAAAAUCGAUCCGGUUGGUCGUCGAUGGUGUGUAGUAGCGCGAAGAGGAACCAUGUUGGAUCUCAAGAUGGCGCAGGACCAGAAUGUACGAGACCUCGCGAAAGCUUAUUUAUUAAGGGUGUCGUCGGCGGCAGGAACCUCGAGAAGGUUGACAAAGAGAAAGGCGACGAGAAGGCGCGCGUGCUCCGUUCCUUUGGGAGAAGACAAAAGAAGCAGGGAUUUCGAGGAGAAGCAGCUCCUCUUCUCUCGUGUUUCGCCGUGUUGCGUACAAAGGACAGCGAAGAGCAAAGAGAGAGUCCACGAGCGCGUUCUCUCUUUUGUCAUGCCAACGACGAGGAGAAGAGAGUGCACGAGAAAAAGAGACGAACGAAAAGAAAGAGGGGAAAAGAAUGGAGGACGCGCUUCGUCCCGAAGGAUCUCGCGUCAUCGAUCGAUGCGAUAAGAGGCGAACGACGUUCUCUAAAGAUCGACGGAGGGAGAUGGAAGCGAUUGAGCAGAACGAGCUAGACGCGGGCCAAAUCCGAGACCGGCGUCGAUGAAAACUAGUCCCUUUCUUUCGAGCUCCUUCCCUCCUCCCUCCCUCUCUCUUUCUCUCUCUUUAUCUCUUCUCUCUUAUUAUUGUACCGUCACACUCGGCUGAUAACGAAAUCGUCAGGUGAUGGCGGGCUUUGGAAAGAAAGUAAUACGAGAGAAGGAGAAAGAUCGAUUUUCCAUAGGAAGGGAAAGCGAGAAGAGAAGAGCGGGGAGGCUGGCGGGGAAGAACUCUUGUACGACACUGAUUUAGCGGUAGCGCCGGCAUGGAGGCAGCGAACGGUGCCAUCGAGCACGAUUUUCACAAUGCUCUGGUCCCGAUAAACGGUAGCCAUUCCGGCAGUUCUGGUAGAAGUACACCAAACGGAGGCGAUCCAGCCCCUGGAAAACUCUUUGUCGGAGGUCUGUCGUGGCAAACCAGUAGCGAAAAGCUCAGGGAAUACUUUGGCAUGUUUGGAACAGUAACUGACGUUCUCAUCAUGAAGGAUCCUGUUACACAGCGUAGUCGUGGGUUCGGUUUCAUCACGUUCGCCGAGCCCGGCAGCGUCGACAAGGUGCUGAAGUGUCCUAUCCACACCCUGGACGGGAAGAAGAUCGACCCGAAGCACGCGACGCCGAAGAACCGCGCGAAGCAGGCUAAUCGGACGAAGAAGAUCUUCGUCGGUGGGGUGAGUCAGGAGACGAGUAGCGAGGAGGUAAAGGCCUACUUCAACCAGUUCGGCAAGGUCGAGGAAACGGUGAUGCUGAUGGAUCAGCAAACGAAGCGACAUCGGGGUUUCGGCUUCGUUACGUUCGAGAACGAGGACGUGGUGGAUCGCGUCUGCGAGAUCCAUUUUCAUACUAUCAAAAACAAGAAGGUCGAGUGUAAGAAGGCUCAGCCGAAGGAAGCGGUACAACCGGGUGCCCUAGCCCUCGGUAAGAGAGUGGUUUUGGGCGCGUUGGGCGUUAGAUUGGCGCCCCAACCGCCGCUCCCGGUGGCCGCGGCGGCAUCUCAGAUCGUCGCCGCACAAGCGCAGGCCCAGGUACAAGCGGCCGCGGCCGCGGCUGCGGCUGCCCAAGUACAAAACGCCGUCGCUGGCUACGGAAAAUUGUUCGCUAGCAGCUAUCCCGCGUUAUCCGCCUACAGAUACGCGCCCUAUCCGAUUCCGGCCGCGGCGGUCGCAGCCGCGGCCGCGGCCGCGGCACCCGCCCCGGCUCCGGCCCCUCCUGCGGCUGCCGCGGCCGCCGCGGCUGCGGCUGCGGCGAGUCCGGCUGCGGCGGCAGCUCCUGGCAAUCCCUACCAAGGAUAUUCCCUCACCAACGUCGACAUGUCGAGCUUCCAAGGUGUCGAUUGGGGCUCUAUGUACGGCAUGGGCAUGUACGUCUAAGCUCCUUUCUUCUAUCGUCACACCUCUCUCUUUCUCUUUCCUUCCUCAAAUUCUUUGCUUCCUCCGUCUCUCCUCUCACCACUCUUACGUCCCGUUCGCGUCGUUUCGCUUCUACCAGCGACUCCUUCCCUUCCUUCCUCCCUCC